UAAGAUUUCUAAAGUAAAAUAUCAGCUUGUACUAGAUGAAAUGUCAUCUCCUCCCAACUGUGACUUCUGUCGAUUCUCUGCAUCUAGUGGUGUUGAUGCGUCACUCACCACCUUCCCCCACCCCAGGAUGUGGGCUUCCUGGGGCAGGCAGGAUCUAGCUGGUGUUGAGGAGGCAGGUGUCAUGGAAGUGCUGUUUCUGGGAAGGGAACUUGAGCCGUGGCCACCCGAACUUGCAUGGAAGAUGCGCCCCACUUCCACCCCACAGCAGAAAUCCCACAUGUUUUGCCCAUUUUCAUUUGGUGAUGUUUCCUGGGGACUCUGCCAUGCCGUUGUCAUUUCCCUGUGCCAGCAUGGCAGCUCCCUUCUCCUGGAUGCCACCGAAGCCCAGGCCCAUUGUUGCUGUGGGUUUGUUUGCAUAUUGCACAGCCAUCUGCUCCUUUACCAUCCAAGCUUUAGAUUUUAAAAUAUGAAUUGCCAGCCGCUCCAAGACUUUCAGUGGCUUUUUGUUUUGUAUGCCAGUAGCUAGACUUUGAACCGUUAGAGCCACCAUUGCAGAGCCUUUGCUUCCUCUGAAUUUGGGAGGCACUGUGUUCAGGAAUUGGGACUGGGCAGACUAGUACCCAGGUGUCUUGAGAUCUCAUACUGCAGUUCCUUUCAGGCCUUCAUCCAACAGGGCCUCCAGGUCAGAGCUGUUUGAGAAAGCCCCAGUGUGCACUAACCCCCCUGCUGUAAGUUCAUAGAUAAAGGUUCCACAGAUUUCAGUGUUUAUUUGCUAUGCAACUCCAGUCCCACCUGCUCCAUGGUAGAGUAAAUGUGUGCUGUGUGCUUCAUCCUGUAGCAUCUCCUGCCACACCAUCCCUGGCCAGGUGCUGCCCCCGCCCCCGCCCUAGGCUCACUAGCUUACCCUGUCCUCUUCCUCUUUCCCUAGCACACAGCCAUCAUUCUGGCUCUCUUCACAUGCCGCUCCCUCUGCCUGCCGUGAAUUUAUGCUGCAGUACCAUGCAGGUCUAGCGUCUGGCCUUUUGAACCAACAGUCCUUGAAGCGCUCUGCAAAUCAGAUGGGUGUGUCUGCCAAGCGGAGACCGAAGGCCCAGCCCACCACUCUGGUUCUACCACCUCAGUAUGUCGAUGACGUGAUCAGCCGCAUUGACAGAAUGUUUCCAGAGAUGUCCAUUCACUUAUCGAGACCCAAUGGGACUUCAGCAAUGCUUCUGAUUCUUAUAAACAGCUCUGCUCAGAGCAUUACUGGCCCUUGGUUUUGGUCCUGAUGGCUAAAGGUCACCUCCUCCUCCUGCUGCCUGGUGUUGCCUCUGCCUUGGCCUUGCUCUAGGUCUCACCGUGACCUUGCUUGGCUUAGGGCAGCCCUGGUUCCUUCGGUGAUUUGUUUAGUUUUAAAUAAUUUUCUGAGAUUAUAUCAUUUCUGCUUUCCCUUCCUUCCUCCAAACUCUUCAAUAUAUCCCCCACCCCUUGCUCUCUUUCAAAUUCAUGACCUCUUUAAUUGUGGUUUUAUGUGUGUGUGUGUGUGUGUGUGUGUGUGUGUGUGUGUGUGUGUGUGUGUGUGUGUGUGGACAACCUGCCUGGACUUUAUAAUGUUACUAUAUGAUGUUGCGAUGAUGGUUCUUGACUUGAUUGUUGCCUCCUAAGAGGUAUGUGGCGAUCCCUAGAGGUUUUUGUAGGCAUCUGAGUGGAUGGAGACUAGAGGUUCUGCUGUGCGUGAUCUCCUGCAGUGAGCCAGAGCAGCCCAGCAAACCAAGUCGGUGGUUGAAGCCUGGCUCAGGCACAUAGGUGCUCACCUUCCAGACAGUUGCACUCAUUUAUACCCACCAGCUACUCUGGAUUCUAGACUUCUCCCAGCCCUCUAAAGGCUUAGGCCUUCAUUUUAACUGUCUAUCAGACACUCCUGACAACCGCCCAUGCCAUAAUUCUGUGCUGCACCAGCAGUGUUUGCCGGAGCGAGCAGAACCUGAGCUCUAGUGCCUUUGUUAUUGCACUGAUGCUACGGGAGUUCUUUGUCAGUGCUUUUGUCACUAACAUCCCAUUUUACAAGCCUGGUAAGAAAACAUGGGCUUUGUACUUCUUCAUGCUUGUGCCUCUGUGUAUUUCGGAUGUGUAGGAAGUGUGCAUGUGUGCACUUGUAGAGACCAAAGGUGACAUUGAGUGUCCCUCUAUUAUUUCUAUACUUUUUUUGAGACGGUCUCACUAUGCAACCCUGGCUGACCUACAACUCACUGUAUAGCCCAGGCUGGCCUCAAACUCACAGAAAUCUGUCUGUCUCUGCCUUCCAAGUGCUGGGAAUAAAUAUGCACAGUACCACUACCAGCUAGCAUCUUCUUUUUU